AUGGGUCUUAAAAGCAGUCUUCCACUCAUCCCCUUCCUUAAUCCGCACCAAGUUAUAAGCCCCCCUCAAGUCCAGUUUCGUGUAAAUCUUGGCGGAGCGCAGCCGCUCCACCAUCUUCCUGAUGAGCGGCAGGGGAUAACUAUUUGGGAUCGUGAUUUGGUUGAGGGUGUGGCUUUGCAAUGCCCUGUUAGUUUCCUCACAGUCAUUGUUUUCUUUAAACAUAGAGAGAUAAUAAUUAGUAUAAUCCAAGAGCAUCUGAAGCUGAACAGCCACCACUUUGCUGUGUCAAACUUGAUGGUGGUCUGCGUUGGCUCUACCACUGCCUUCUACAGCUUCUCCCAGAUGUACUUCUCCUUGGGCACUGUUGCCUGUAAAAUACAAGGCUUUGCUGCCUCAUUGGGGGGUUUGGUGAGCCUAUGGUCCCUGGUGGUUGUGGCCUGUGAACGAUACCUGGUCAUCUGCAAACCUCUGGGAAACUUCACCUUCAGAGGCACCCAUGCCAUCAUCGGUUGCAUCAUCACAUGGGUCUUUGGCUUGGUGGCUUCAGUACCACCCCUCUUUGGCUGGAGCAGGUACCUGUAUAAGGGGCUGCAAUGUUCAUGUGGUCCUGACUGGUAUACAACAAACAACAAGUGGAACAAUGAGUCCUAUGUGCUGUUCCUCUUCUCCUGCUUUGGAGCACCCCUGUCUGUCAUAGUCUUUUCUUAUGGUCGUCUUCUUCUAACCCUGCGGGCAGUUGCCAAGCAGCAGGAGCAGUCAGCCACAACACAGAAGGCUGAGCGAGAGGUGACCAAGAUGGUAGUGGUGAUGGUAAUGGGCUUCCUGGUGUGCUGGCUGCCAUAUGCUUCCUUUGCAUUGUGGGUAGUAAUGCACUGUGGGGAACCUUUUGAUGUUCAUCUGGCCUCCAUCCCUUCUGUCUUCUCCAAGGCUUCCUCUGUUUAUCACCCCAUCAUCUACGUCUUAAUGAACAAGCAGGUUAGCAUGGAUGGGAAGCAGCUAAAAUCAAGCUGGUCUGGGCAAGAAGAAAGAGUGAAAGACAUAUACUACUGA